AGAACCUCGAAAAAGUUUCAACUACCACUUGCACGACCAUCAACAUGGCGACUCGAAAGCACAACGAAUUUCUCGAAGCAGAUGAGAGCGAAGACGAUCAAAGCCAAGGAUACAACUCCGAGGAUGAGGAUCUGCAGAAAGGCGGGAGGAGUGUGAAGCGGAGGAAGGUCGAAAGCGAUGCCAGCGAGGACGAGGAAGCAGACCAGGAUGAGAAAUUAGACGGAGAGCACAUCGAGCACGAGGACACCAAAGAUGCUGAAGGAAGCGCCCCAAGGAAAAACAAAAUUGCAGAACUCCCAGGCGUUUCCAAGCCGCUCACGAAGAAGAACCUCGUUGCGACAGAAGCAGCCAUCAAAAAGUCCGGCGUGGUCUACUUAUCCCGAAUACCACCUUUCAUGAAACCUUCGAAACUCCGAUCGCUACUCGAACCAUAUGGUGCAAUCAAUCGCAUAUUCCUUACACCAGAAGAUCCAACUUCACAUACCCGACGAGUGCGCAAUGGAGGCAACAAGAAAAGAUCAUUUGUCGAUGGCUGGGUUGAGUUUGUGAACAAAACCGCUGCAAAACAGGCUUGUGAGCUACUCAACGCGCAGACCAUUGGUGGAAAGAAAGGCACAUACUAUCACGAUGAUGUGUGGAAUUUGCUAUAUCUGAAGGGUUUCAAAUGGAACCACCUGACAGAGCAAAUCGCUGCCGAGAACGCCGAGAGAGCAAGCAGGAUGAGGGCAGAGAUCAGCAAGACUACGAAAGAGAACAAGGAAUUUGUGCAGAAUGUUGAGAGAGCGAAGAUGCUGGAGACUAUAGAGGCGAAGAAGGCCGCCAAGAGGAGAAAAGAUGGUGAAAGCGGUGUUGGAACAGCUGAAGCAACGAUUUCGAAGAAGGAUGCAAAGAAGGCUGAACGACCGCGGCAUUUCAAGCAGACGACGGUAGCGGCAAAGAGGAAACCUGAAGAUCAACCUGAGCAGGUGAAGAGAGUUCUGAGUAAGAUCUUCUGAGCAUAGCAUAAGUGAAAUUAUACCCAAAUGGAACUUUGCGUGUCAAGACG